AUGAAGCUCAUCCCCAGCAAGGCACCAGGCUAUGCGCUCGCAUCAACCUUUGUCGCGCUCGGCGGCAUACUCAAUGGAUUCGACACAGGCUCUGUCGGCGCCGUCACCGAAAUGCCUUCCUUCACCCACACAUUCGGCCACCUGUCACCCACUAUGCGCGGCUUCACCGUCUCUCUAAUCAUGCUCUGCGGCGCCAUCCCAGCAACAGUCGCCGGACACCUCGCCGACCGCUUCGGUCGCCUCCGCAUCAUCAUCGUUGGCGCUAUUCUUUGCACAAUCGGCUGCGUGCUCGAAUGCGCUGCCUCCCAUCUUAGUCUCUUCCUCGUCGGCCGCGCGUUGAUGGGGAUUGGUCAAGGUUUCGCGCUCACCAACAUCGGAGUCUACAUCUGCGAGAUCGCGCCGAGUCGGAGUCGUGGUAAGUUUGUAUCGCUUCCGCAAUUCGGCGCUGCGCUGGGGGUUUGCGUGGGCUAUUUCUCGUGUUAUGGGAGUAUACACAUUGCUGGGAAUAUGUCGUGGCGUCUUCCUUACGUACUGCAAGCCGCACUGUCCAUGGUAUGGGCUGCCGGCUCAUUCUUCUUGCCCGAAAGUCCGCGCUGGCUCAUAUUGCACGGGCAAAGGAGUCGAGCGAUGCAAGAGCUCAAGAAGCUAGACUUUGAAGCAGCGGAGGCGGAGAAAGACGUCCUGCGACCCACGGAGAACGCCAGUCCGGAAGAGCAAGUCAGUAUACUGCAGGGCCUGCGCUUGAUCUUCAAGCGCGAAUACAGAUCGCAGACAUGGCUUGCGGUGUUCAUCCUGUCGUUCGUUCAGUUGAGCGGCAUUGAUGGCGUGCUCUACUACGCCCCGACUAUCUUCGCCCAAGCUGGCAUCCCCUCCCAAACAGCCUCGUUCCUCGCCUCCGGCGUCUCCGCCAUCCUCAUGCUCGCCUUCAGCAUUCCCGCCACCCUCUUCGCAGACAGAUGGGGUCGUCGCACGUCCGCCAUCUGCGGCGGCGUCAUCCUCUCCGUCACUAUGCUCCUCAUCGGCUCGCUGUACGCCGCGAACGUCGUGCAUCCUCAAGGCGCAGCGCGCUGGGUUGUCAUCGUCUCGGUCUUCAUCUUCGCGAUUGGAUACGUCUCCACGUGGGCUAUCGUAGGCAAGAUCUAUGCGUCUGAGAUCCAGCCCACGCGAACGCGUGCGACGACGAACUCGAUGGCCACGGGCGGUAGCUUUGUUGCAAAUUGGCUUGUUGCGUCCGCGACUCCGAUCUUCCUCGCGAGGUCGGCGUACGGCGCGUACUUCCUCUUCGGCGCAAUUGCGCUUUUGACGCUCGUUGUACUCGCGACGUGUAUGCGCGAGACGCGUGGCUUGUCGCUUGAGGACAUUCAGGUUUCGUUCGCGCAAGCUUCGUCGCGGUCGUUUGGCAUUCCUGUGGGUUUA